GGAAUCGAAGCCAUCUACUCGAGAUGAAGUUGAUCUUUCCAUCAGAGCUCCUGAGCUUCCACGAUACCAUAAUAUCAAAGAGCUUGCUCCCGAAUCAGAACUUCAAACACAGCAAUCAGAACCCGUUUGUGAAGUGUUCGAUGAAAGUCACGACGACGUCUUCAGCAACGGCGAACGUGAGCAUGAGCGAGAGAGUAGCGUAGAUGUGCUGAUUCGUGCUCGAGAUCUGGAUUAUCGGGCGGGUCCUGUAGUAGGAACUUCUCUCCACGAUGAGUUAUUCCACGCAGAGGUGGCACCUAGCAGUAACAGCUUAUUAAAUAGAGGUUGGAAAAAGCCAAAAACAAGCCUGCCUGAUUUGGAUCGUUGCGGUAGUUCAGCGCUUUCUUCAUCAUCGUCCCCUGAUACUAGUCCUUGUAUCGUAAGCUUUGACCAAGCGUUAAGGACUGCGUUAGAAGCUAGUGGAUCCAAUGAAAAGCUCACGGAAGAUUUUGAUGAAUCCCAAGAGCUCUUCGCUAAUACUGACACUGAAGACGAUGAAGAGAAUUCUCGAAAAACAUCCGAAGCGUCGGGGCAUGUGACGGCAAUGAUAACGACAAUACCUCGUGAAGUUGGCCUAGACUCUCAAGACUUUCGUUGUCCUAUGUGCCGAAAGUCGAUUGGAGCUGUGUUUUCAAAAUAUGG